AGCUUCGGUCCAAAAAGGGGUUUGUUUGCUGGUUUGUGAUUUGUUCUGUUGUGUUGAUUGGGACUUCGGUUGUGCAAUGGGAAGCUUUGCACACAUUCAACUGCUGGUCGUCGUAGCAUUGACGGCACAGUUCGGUCCUACACCGGUACAGAGCCGUAGCUACAGCUACUCGAACUUCCACGAGUCCCCGUUCGACGAGUACGAGGACAUCAGCAGUACGGGAGCGCACGACGAUUCCAUAACGCUGGGUUCGGAGAGUGACGAAGUUCACCACAAUGCGAUCGUAACGCACUCGCAAAAGUCGAACCGUUACUCGGUUCCAAUUUACCAAAAGAUCGGCGUCCCCGUGCCGCAUCCCGUUCCGGUGGCCGUCCCGCAGUACGUGAAAAUCAACGUGCCCCAGCCGUACCCGGUGCAGGUGAACGUCGAGCAGCAGAUAAAGGUGCCGGUGUACAAGAUCGUGCCGAAGAUCAUCGAGCGGCCCGUCCCGUACACGGUGGAGAAGUCCUACCCGGUCGAGGUGGAGAAACCCUUCCCCGUGGAGGUACUGAAGAAGAUUGAGGUGCCGGUGCCGAAGCCGUACCCGGUUCCGGUGCCCAUAUAUCGGCACGUGACGCAGCGCGAGAAGACGCACCGAAGCUGGCGGUAUUAAGCUACAGCGGUGAUGAUGUUGACUAGUUUUUCAUUCUUUGUUGAUUAAUUUAUUACUUUUCGACUCUGUUUUGUGUAAGGGUAAUUCUCUACCAACUCACUCGAAAUCGGGAAAAGUUGCCGCGACCACUCUUCGAUUUGCGUGAAACUUAGUUCUAAGGGGUAACUUUUGUCCCUGAUCACGAA